CAACGAGAAAUCGGAUGAACAAUUAAUAGUGCAGCCCAUAUAAAUGUUUCAUUCGGGCCCAAUCAUUAUAGGCCCGAUCACUUGUACGAUUCUAUUGAUUAGGGUAGAGUCGCGUUUCCAAUAAGCCGUUUCUAAUAGCAGAGAGCAGAAAACUUACCGUAGGUAAAUAAAUAAUGGAGUAAAAAUCAAUUCAUUCACUCCCCGGAAGUAUAUAUGCCCUAUGUACGAGUCUGUGUUCACGUCAGCAGUUUCAGUCAAAACAGUAACGAAAAAACCUCUCAGGAAUUCCAAUUCAGAAGAGGCGGUAAAUUAUUUUAAUUUAUGGAAAUUGACACUCAGGCACCGGUAGAAAUGCACGCCCACGCCGGCGGCGGCGGAGAAGAAGACGCCUUGGUGGUGCUCGGUGGCGGCGGCGGUCGGGCGAGCAAGAGAUCACUCGACCGGGUUAAAGGACCGUGGUCGCCGGAUGAGGACGCGAUGCUGAGUCAACUCGUGAGUAACUUCGGGGCUAGGAAUUGGAGUCUCAUAGCACGAGGAAUUCCUGGCCGAUCGGGAAAAUCGUGCCGCCUCCGCUGGUGUAAUCAGCUCGAUCCCGCCGUUAAACGCAAACCCUUCACCGAUGAAGAAGAUCGUAUGAUACUUCAAGCUCACGCUAUCCAUGGAAACAGAUGGGCAUCAAUAGCAAGGCUAAUGCCCGGUAGAACAGACAAUGCAAUCAAGAACCACUGGAAUUCCACAUUGAGGCGUCGGUGCAUGGGGAUUGGUAAACCUAUACCUAUGUUGGAAUCCACCAAUAUGGUCGAAGAUACAAGUUUCGAAAAAUCAAAGGCGGAUUCCGAAGAAACACCAUCGUGUGGAGAUGCAAAUUCUGUCAGGUCCUAUGAAGGAAAAGAUGAAGGAAAAGAUGCCACCAGCUCUUUUGAACUAAUAGAAGACAAUGAAGAAAAAGCUCAAUCACAAGUUCAACUCAACGAUAAAUCGAUACCCCCUCCUCCUCUGUUUCGUCCUGUUGCUCGUAUUAGUGCGUUUAACGUUUAUAACAAUUCCGUGGAUGGAGCAGAAAACGUGUCUCCAUCUCCUAGGUUGCCCUUUCUCCAAACCUCGAAUUCCGAAGUGGGAACUUGCAAAUCUAAAUCGCUAGAACGAUUAGUCGGUGAUAUAUUGGUCCCUCACAGAUGUGGCCAUGGUUGCUGUGAGAAUCCCGGUGGGGUGACCUCAUUGUUGGGCCCUGAAUUUAUCGACUAUACGACACCUCCAUCCUUCACAAGCCAUGAUUUGGCUGCAUUAGCAGCGGAUAUAAGCAACGUUGCUUGGUCUAAGAGUGGGCUUGAAAGCAGCACCAUUAAAGCAAUGGAGAAUAUGGCUAGUGGGUUAUCGUGUAGCAGCAACAAACGGGGCAUUUUGAAGACAGUGGAGAGAACGAGAAUUCGAGCUCCGAUAUGGGAAAGAACGAGUUGAUAUCAACCCCAAUGAUUAGGCAACCUGUAUUACUAGCACAUAAUGAAGUUGGGAGCGAUUGAGUAAGAUGUGAGCAGCUGUUUACGAAUCGAAAGAAAUUGAGAUGAUUCUGCUCCUGAAAUCUUUAUUUACUUGUGGAUUUGAAUCUUGCGGUGAUUAGAUAUCUAUGUUGCUAAUUAUUGACUGAAGCGACUAAUUUGUGAUGAUAAAAGAUAGCUGAAUUUGCGGCACUUUCAACGGUCUGGACCAGAAAUCGGGCGAUGGUUGUUUGUGCUACUGCCAGCAGCGUGUUACGAAGUUCGAGAUUUAUUUAUAUAUCAAUUUCUUCUGACGAUCAUUUCAAUUUUCUCCAGGUUCGUUCUCGUCUGAUGUAAGUUUCAUUUUUUUCUUUGAUUACAUUCUUCUAACUAGUCAAUGUGUUAUUAAAUGCCCGUUUGAGUCUGAAUUGGGAUAGGAAAGUCGUAGUAUUUAAGGAUCGUAGAUUAGUAGGUUUUGUGAUCCAUGUUUAUUGCAAUGUGUUUGAAAUUAACUGAGGUUAAGCUUAUAUUUGAUUGGAUUAAGAUUGUCUUGCACCUAUGUUUAUGUGUAUCUGCUUUAUAGUU